CCCCACACUUUCCUCUCAUUUCGUACCUCCUUGUCUCUUCUUACACAUCGUGUUCCCCUAUUAACCGGAAAUUGUCAGGACUUCUACUCAACAUAUUCCCUCAGAUACUCAGAUACUUUGCGCUGCCUCAAUUCCUCGAUAUCGACUCUGACUGGCCAUACGGUUGAGUGUAUCACCAUGGCAGUUCUAUUUAACUAUUGCCAUCGACGGGCGCAGCCUCUUUUCAAAGAUACAUUGGUUGGUAUGUAGCAUCAUUAAUACAUGUAAUCUGAACUCUUUGUGGCAGGGAAGUGAGACGGCUAGUCAGGAGAAUGGUCAAAGCGGCUUACCUGCAUGGUUUAUAUGUAUACUCGAUACUACAGCAUCUCAAAAGCACGUCAGUGAAGUGCUGUUGAUGUGCGAUCAUUUCCAGCGGCUGCAUGACCCAGUGUGUUCUAACCUCGCAUGUACCUCUGGAGAUGUACCACAUGAUUCAGCUUCCGGAAGACAUCAGCGUUCAGCGCAGAUGAGGUAUUCUCUGAAUACCUACUACCUCUAUCUAUACUGAUGUUCCAGGAGCCUCUACAAGCGCCGCAAAGCCUCUUUUGGUCUCAAGUAUACUACAGAAGACAUUUCCUAUACUUUCUGUGCAUACCCAGAUCUUCUAAAGUCAUCUCACCCCAAUUUUUCAGGUUUUCACCACCAAUUUUCGCUUUGGACACCCCAUGCCAUAUUCUAUCGCCCCGUUAAUUUCUCAGACACUCUUAGCAACUCUCUGAAUGACAUAAACUGCCAUAAAUUAUGCCGCAAAGUAUCAAGUUCCCUUUCCAUUUCUCUCCCCAUAUCCCUCAAAUAGCCGCUUUCUGGAGGGUUUCCUUGGCCUCCGCCUUCGUUCCUCUUUCUCUACUUGGUCUUUACUGAAUAUUAAUAACACAAUUCUAUUAGACGAAGCGGACUAUAUAUAAUACAAACUAUGAAUACAUGUAGCUACAUUAAAAUACAUUCAAUAUGCAAAAAGGAAUGAGAGAAACGAUGGAGCAACGAGCACAGUAGUGAGCUCGCUGUCGCGCGCGAUGAAGAUGAAGGCGGGCAAUGGCAGACGCCGGCGGGAUGAAGAUCGAUGAUCGUUUGUCUCCCUUGUUCAGGGCGAGCGAUCUCUUUUCAACGCUUCACAGACACCUCAAUGUCGGGUCUUCUUCUUGAAGAAUGUCGCCUCAAUCCACUUGGACUUGAGUCCCUUCGAGGGCUUUUUCAACACAACAUGCCACAGUACGACCGGUAUCAGCCUCAGUAUGAUCAAGCCGCUCUAGCCUUCCUCCUCCAUGGCAAACAUAAGGAUGGAAAUCAUAAAAUGGCACUUGAUACAUUCCAUUCCGACUGGCGGGUCGCGAGGGAACAUGUACCCUCAGGUAUAGAAGGCCAGACAAUCCGGACCAAGUUUAAGGAGGAAGUCAUGGAGCUUGUAUUUGAUUCUAUCACAGCAUGGGACCGUAUUACUGGCGGAACGACGAUUCUCAUCCAUAUUGAUGGAACGCUUGAACCAGAUGCUCCGGUGUCUCCAGAGUACGUCAAGGCCCACGUCUACCUCAAUCCUGGCCUAUUGGAAGACAUGCCAGAGACCACUGCGGCCGUCGUGCGUAUGGUGCAAUUGUUCAUUGAAGACAUUGGACUGCCUGUUAUCAGAAGGUGGUUUCGUGCAUUCAAGAAGGAAGGCUUUUCACUUACCAAACAUUCAACUCGAGCGAUCCGUAUUCCGUCCUCCAUUCCACUCAUCCCGAGGCCCGUCCCUCGAUGCUCGACUCAUCACAUCUUUAGGGGCCAUCCAACUGGGGCAUUGGAUGCUAGGCUCGCAAGCCUCUCUGUGCCGAUGAGAGAUAUUCGUUCUGAGGUCGCUUCAGUUACAGAUACAGAUGAUGCGGAACUGCAAGAGCUCCAAGUUCGUUUCGACCAGAUGUCGAUGGGAUAUGCAGAGAAGAUGGAGGUGUUGGAAAAAGCACUGCACUUGGAAUCGUCCGAGCACCGGGAGCUUGUGGAGCUUCUCAAUUACAAAGUUGACAGCCUCAAGGAUACUUUGGCAGAUCGCGAUGAACUGAUUCGAAAGUUACGCUCGGCCCUUCGUGCAUACAGGCUUCCUAUGGCGACACCUUCGCAAUCUGCUCCAUUGUCAAGUCAUUCUAAUGCAGAUAUUCACUACGGCCCCGCCAUUUCCGCAACGGCACUUCCGCGCCCUGCUGCCAAGCGCAAGAAGGCUGCACCUAUUGACUCAGAGAAGCGCAAGGAGAUUAAAGCACGUCGUGACGAGAAGAACAAGGAGGUCGAUGAGCAGAUCGCCACCUGGUUUCAACAGACAGUUGCGUUGGCAAGCAACAUGGCAGAGAAGUAUGGCCAGACAACGCAGCACUAUCUCCGACUUUUUUUCUUUGGUGCUGAAAGUCACACGAAGAAGCGACAGCCAUCUGCCUACAAUGCGUACAUAAGUGCGAUGGCAGCGGACACGAAUUCAGAUGCUGCUGCUGGGAGCGCAUCGUCUCUGAUCGAUGUUCAAUUGGACCACCGAGAGGCAUACUAUGACCUAACGCAGAAGGAGAAAGAUGAGUUUGUCACAGAACUACUGAAGAAGCGUGAAACGGAGCAGAAAGGUUCCCGUCCCAAUCAACGGUCUCGCAUUCAAGAUGCCAGUGCAGUGCUGAGACUGAUUGAACAGGAGCUUCUCGGCUUGAAGCACAGAGUCGGGAUUGAAGGGUUUUUCUGCAUGGUCAAGAAUAACACGGAAUUCAACAUGGGACCUCAGUGGUUUUUCACUGAUCAGGAGAUAGAACGCUACCUGAGUGUUACUGUACGGAAAGGGUGGGAUACAGGAUUCAUCGGCGCCGUUACGGAAGCAUUCUCAGUCGCUGGAUGUGAUACAAUGAAAACUCUCACAAACUCAAAGCAGAAGGCAACAUACCUCAUGACAUCAAUCCAAGAUGAGAUCCAACGAAAGCUCGGUUUGUUCACAGCGCUUGAUCUCACGUCAAACUCUAUAUUGACUUCUAUUCCCACAGCUGAAAUUACCGGUAACAACGAUGCCCAAAUGCAGUACAUCAAGUACGAGAAGGAUAUCGUUCAGCGCUAUGGGAUUGAGCUUCAAGGAUGGACCCACUCGGAGUGGACCACACCGCGGAAGAUGAGCACUAGUCUCCCCCCUUUGGAGACCUUGCUCAAUGCACUGCGCAGCGAUGCAUGCAAGUUCGUUAAGCUCACCAAAGCGCAGCUAGAUGCACGUGAGAAACCUGUUGAGAAGCCGAGAAAGAAACGCGAGGACUUCGGAAAGAAACGCAAGAAGCGUACGUCAGCUACGGAUGGUGGUAACAACAGUGGUGAGGAGGACGGUGAGGAGGAUGACGCCGAAGGGGACAUUGAAGAAGCUACCCCGCCGGCCCCUAAGAAGAGGCGCCGUAGCAAGGCUCAAAUGAAUACUGCAAGUGGCGGCAACUAGAUCUAGUAGCACAGUGUACAUACAAGUUAUAUCCUGUCCAUAGGGCUAUAGACUAGUGACUAUUACAUUGACAUAUACCGCCUUAUACAACCCUAAGCCUAUCACUACUAGUCACUCUAUAUACUGUUAUAUGUACUCAAUAAGGCUGUUGUUUAUAU